CUUUGCCUUCCCUUCGUUGCCCCCUUCCCUUCCCACCAUUCGUCACCUAAUUUUCUAUCUCUCUCUCUCUAACGCCCGUGUUCGAUUGGAUGGAGGCGGCGGGUGGUGUGGAUAUGCCGGAGGCUGGCCGCGCCAACGCCAUCGCGCUGGAUUUCUCGGCGGGGGAGCCUUCUUCCUCGACGCCAACGAAGGUGCCGAGGAGGAUCCGGAGGAGGCUGCUUGAGUGCAGGAGUAGCCCGCCUUCGAGCGUGGAUGAGAUCGAGGCGAAGCUGAAGGAAGCGGAACUCCGUAGGCGGCAAUUUCAUGAGUGGCUGUCUAGCAAAGCUAGGCCAAAACCAAGGAGUCCGUCAUGGUCAUCUCAAGAAGAUCUUGGCCAGCGGCUAGAGGCAAAGCUUAAUGCAGCCGAGCAAAAAAGGUUAAAUCUUCUAGCAAAUGCACAAAUGCGUUUAGCUCGUCUGGAUGAGCUACGUCAAGCUGCUAAAUGUGGUGCAGAAAUGCGUUUUGAAAAGCAACGCGAAGAGUUGGGUUCGAGGGUAGAAUUCCGGGUGCAGCAGGCUGAGGCAAAUCGGAUGCAACUUCAUAAAGCUCAUAUGCAAAAACGUGCUGCAGUCAAAGAAAGGAAAGCAAGAUCUUUGUUGCAGAGAACUGCAAGAGAGAAUACUUACAAAGAGAGCAUUCGCUCAGCAAUCUCACAAAAGCGAUCUGCUGCUGAGAGGAAGCGGAUGGUGCUACUGGAAGCAGAGAAGUCGCGAGCACAAGCUAGAGUAAUGCAAGCUCGCAAGAUUGCCAAGAUUGUAUGCUGUCGAAGAGAAAGUGAGAGCAGAAAAAAGAAAGAGCAGCUAGAAAGUCGUCUCCAGAGGGCAAAACGACAGCGAGCAGAGCUCUUACAAAUGAAAAGUAAUGCCCAUAAUACUGCUGCUCAUGUAAAUUUGAUGAAGUAUGGCGACCUUCUUUCAAGAAAGUUAGCUUGGUGCUGGAGACAGUUUGUGAAAUGUAAAAGAACUACAUUUGCUUUAGCUCAAGAAUACAUGACACUGGGUAUCAAUGAGAAGUCUGUUAAGUCUAUGCCUUUUGAGCAGCUUGCCCAUCUUAUAGAAUCAACCACUACACUUCAGACUGCUAGAGCUUUACUUGAUCGUUUUGAAAGCCGUUUCUUCCUCCAUCAGCCAUCUAGUUCUUCUAGCCCUGAAAAUAUAGAUCAUCUGCUUAAGCGCUUAUCAUCUCCAAGGAAAAGGUCGCCUCCAGGUAAAAGGAGUAGAGCCAAGGAUGAUAAAUGCUCCUCUGGUGUUUCAAGUUCUGGAGCAGGUAAAUUGUCCAGGUAUCCAGUGAGGGCAGUUCUGUGCGCUUAUAUGAUUUUGGGGCAUCCAAAUGCUGUUUUCAGUGAACACGGUGAGCGUGAAGUGGCACUUUCUAGGGCAGCUGUAGACUUGACUCGAGAGUUUGAGUUGUUAAUCAAGGUCAUCUUGGAUGGUGCUAAUAGUGUUCUUAUGCUGAAGCAUCCAUCACCGGGUGUUCUUUUUCAUGAUUCAGAGACUCAUAAACAAUCCGCCACUCAAUCUCAGUCAGAAAAAACCUUCAAAAACCAGCUGUCAAUUUUUGACGCUGUGUGGCGUUCUUAUCUCUAUUGCUUUGUUGUUUGGAAAGUUAAAGAUGCUCGAUUGCUGGAAGAUGAUCUCGUCAGAGCAGCUUGCCAACUUGAACUAUCAAUGAUGCAAACCUGCAAGCUAACUUUUGAAGGAGAGACACAUAAUCUAAGCUAUGACAUGAGGGCUAUUCAAAAACAGGUCACUGAAGAUCAAAAACUUAUUAGAGAGAAAGUAGAGCAUUUGUGUGGAAAUGAAGGACUUCGCCGCAUGGAACGUGCAUUGUCAGAGACUAGGUCUAAAUUCUUUGAAGCAAAGGAGAGUGUUACCCAUUUAAUUGGUCAUGUUGCUCAGCUUUCAUCACCAAAUAGCUCGAGUUCAUCUGUGAAACCGGUGGUGGAUCCCGCCUCCAAGGAACAUUUUAUUGAGAAAAAGGGGAGUUCCAGUAAUGCUGCACGUUCUUUAUUUGGACGCACUUCAUCACAGACAUUUCCAUGUUCUCAAUCAAAUUCCACAGUAGCUGGGCAGCUAGCUUCAGAGAAUGAACUUCUUGUAAAUGAGAUUGUUCAUAAUGGUCAAAUUAGUUUUGCCAAUGAUUUGGAUAUUGCAACUACAUAUAGAAGCGACAUAAAGGAAAAAGUUAAGGUGACCAUGGAGAAGGCAUUCUGGGAUGGGGUUGUGCAAUCUAUGAAGGAAGAUUCUCCUGACUAUGAUCGUAUCAUAGGACUUGUAAAAGAGGUGCGGGAUGAACUAAGUGAGAUGGCUCCUCUCAGUUGGAAGCAAGAGAUUCACGACAGCAUAGAUAUUGAUAUUUUAUCCCAGGUGAUGAAAUUAGGAACUCGUGAUAGAGAUUAUCUUGGAAGGAUUUUAGGAUAUGCUCUACUUACAUUACGGAGAUUGUCUGCUCCUGCAAAUGAGAAUGAUUUGAAAAAGUCUCAUGAGAAGUUAUUGAAUGAAUUGGCUUCAAAAGCGCACUCUGAUGAUGAAAUAGAAAGCUCUUUUGCUAUUUCGAUGAUUAAAGGUCUUCGCUUUGUUCUGGACCAGAUCCAGACACUGAAAAAAGAAAUUAGCAAGGCACGCAUUCAAUUGAUAGAACCGAUCAUAAAGGGGUCUGCUGGUUUGGAAUACCUGCAGAACGCGUUUCAUGAUCGUUAUGGUCUAUCCUCUACGGCUGCUGAUACGCUCCCUCUAACAAAACUGUGGUUAUCACCUUUGAAAAUCAUUGCGGAUGAAGAAUGGAGUGAAUAUGUUGACUCUAUCUCUCUAUUGCCUGAGAGUCAUACUCUUCCUCUUCCUCCUACAUCUCUUCGAACAGGUGGCAAAAUGCAUCAGGCUCAUAUGCAGUCUCUUCAUCCUACCGAAAAACCAGGAGCAGUUGAUGGACAACUAAAAUGCAGUGGUGAAAAGCUUGAUGUGUUGUUGAGGCUUGGUUUGCUAAGGCUCGCAAGCAGCGUUGAGGGACUGAUCACUGAUACGAUUCCAGAAACUUUGAAGCUAAAUGUGCUGCGAUUGAGGUCUCUUCAGAGCCAACUUCAACAAAUUAUAGUCAUUUCCACAAGUAUGUUGGUUCUCCGUCAAGUUGUGAUCAGUGAUGGUUUGUCGCUCUCUUUAUCAGAGCUGGAUUCAAUAAUAUCCACCUCUGUAAACAACCUGUUCAAGCUUCUAGACAAUGUUCCGGACGUGAGCAUGGAAGAGAUUGUUGAAACAAUAGCCAACUCAUUCCCAGAAGAAGAUAAACUCCCAAGCAGAAAGCAGCUGAUGGCAAGGCUGGUAAUCAAGAGCUUAGAGAAUGACGAUCCAGUGUUCGCAAAGGUAAGCCGCUCCAUCUAUCUGGCAACUCGUGCCAUUCUGUUUGCCGGGAAUGGGCCCCGCGGGUGCAGACUCGCACAAGGUAUUCUGCAGAAAGUGGGAGCUGCUAUGCUAUUAGACAGAGUGGUGAGAGUUGCAGAGGUGCUGAUUAUUAUGGCCACAGUCUCCCUGCAAGUUCAUGGCUCUUGGUACCAGUUCUUGGUUUGACGAUAACAAGAAACUAUAAAUAAUUCUUCUUUGUGUAUAGAAAAUGCUAAAUAGACAAUCAAUAAUAAAUUCAGGGUGUGUGCUGUAAAGGAUACAGACCUGUAAAGUUUCUGUCUCUGAAAUGUCUAUGUAGGUUGAAGUGUUCAUUUAUAAUAUUUGUAUUUAGCUUUUUAGAAUUAUUUUA